GAUUGUUCAUUUUCUCACUCACUCACACUAUUUUCAUUUUCUCUCUAACCGUAAACGAAUCUUUCAAGCUUUUUUUUUUCCCUGAGAUGGCUCAAGAAGAUGUUACUGCUGGUGGUGCUAACGGAGGAGCUGCUACUACGACGGUGGAGAAACCUGUUGUUGGCGCUACGACUACGGCCUUCGCUGCUUUCAAGACGACGUUGAUCGUUGAAGCUCAGAAAGUUAGCGACGCUGUUACGUUCUACAAAUCUGCUUUUGGUGCGAUCGAGUCUGGUCACAGUGUUUACCCUAAGCGUAAGCUUGACCAAGAGCUUCCUCAUGUUCUCUCUUCUGAGCUUAACCUUGUUGGUUCGACCUUCGUUGUUCGUGAUGUCGCUACUCUCUCUGGUUUCACUGCGAAAUCGGGAGGUGCUUCGAUGACACUAACACUCGAGACUGACGAUGUUGAAGCAGCCGUUGCGAAAGCUGUAUCCGCCGGAGCUGUGAAAGUGGAGGUUACGGAGGUUGAGACUGAAGGAGGUGUCACCGGCAAAGUUACUGAUCCGUUUGGUUUCACUUGGAUCUUCUCUGCUCCGGCAAAGGAGAUCGAGAAUGCCGCCACCGAGAACAAGGAGGUUUAACCGUCGGAUCUGAUUUUUUCGUCGGGUUCUGAACAAAAAAAAAACUCUGUUUAUCCUAAUUUCUGGUUUAUUUUGUCUUUUGUGGAUUCCGGUUCGUAGUUAAACCGGAUCGAGUAGCGUUAAUGACUUUUUCUCGGUAGCGUUUUAAAAUUUCACCCCUUUUGACAUACUCUAAUUAUGGUGAAAUCAGAUAUUAUUAAUCUCGGGUUUUAUAUGUUUUGUUAAUGAUUUUGCUUCUCUUAA